UGCGCAUGCGUCGGUGGUGUCAAUAGAAUACACCGGGAAGGUCGACGGAGCGCUGCUAGCCGACAACCAUGAUGUCCAUUGCUGCCCGUUCGGGGACUUUUUCCCCGUACCUGCAAGCUACAAAUUAUGCCGUGGCAGGUCCACUAAAGCCUCUCAUAGCCGGCGUCGUGGUGAAGAGUGAUAGUCUGUUGGUGGACACGAAGAAACCGUUCCUGUGCCGGGAGUCCUUGUCCGGUCAGAGCGCGAAGAGCGGCCUCGCCGUGUCCUCUAGCCUGAACGCUCGCUCUUCAGUACGCUUCGCUCACACAGACAUCAAGAUCCCUGAUUUCUCUGACUACCGCCGGCCAGAAGUUUUGAACCCAAAUAAGCAGUCGCAAGAGAGUGGCGAUGCCCGCCGGGCCUUCUCCUAUCUGAUGACGGGGUCUACCCUUGUGGUUGGAGUCUAUACAGCCAAGACAGUCAUUACACAGUUUGUGUCCUCUAUGAGUGCCUCAGCUGACGUUUUGGCUCUGUCCAAGAUCGAAAUCAAGCUGUCAGACAUCCCUGAGGGUAAGAACAUGACCUUCAAAUGGAGAGGGAAGCCCCUGUUCGUCCGCCACAGAACCGAGAAGGAGAUCGAAACUGAGGCCGGCGUCAAUCUCGCUGAGCUUCGGGACCCUCAGCACGACAAAGACCGUGUUGUGAACCCAUCCUGGGUUAUCGUCAUCGGUGUCUGCACCCAUCUGGGCUGCGUGCCUAUUGCUAAUGCCGGCGAAUUCGGCGGCUAUUACUGCCCAUGCCAUGGCUCUCAUUAUGAUGCCUCUGGUCGCAUCAGGAAAGGCCCUGCUCCGCUCAAUCUGGAGGUGCCCUACUAUGAGUUCCCAGAUGACGACACAGUGGUUGUAGGAUAAAGGACUGUACUACAUUAACUAUGAUCCACACAGACCGUGUGCUUUGCGUGUUUGAUUUUUGUUCAUCUUGUUUCAGACACUAUCUGCAUUGACUCGAUGGGUAACAAAGGUUAAUUGUAAGUAAUAAAAUGUAUUUUAUCUGAUGGAA